AUGCAGACACAACAAAAAUUCCUUCUGCGCUAUCUAAAACAAAAUCAUGAAGAAAUGAAUCUUUUCUUUGUGUGUCUUCAUUUCUUUCUGCAUUUUUCUCUGAAUUUCUGUGAUACUUUCAUUCUUAAUUUCUUUGAAUGUCCUUACGAUGUUUACUUUAAAUUAUUUUCUUUCUUUCGACAUUUUUCGCAUUAUUUCCUUUCAUUCUGUUCUUUUCUUUUCUUUCUGCCUUUUUUUCUUUGUUUUCUGUUUACUUGCUUUUUUUUUAAUCUCUUCCUUCUUUUUUCUCCGAGCAAAUUGAAGGUAGAUUGCUUAGAUUCGGCUCAAGAGUACUUUUUAGCUGUAUAUCCACAUGUAUUGAUUACUACAAAUAAACAAAAACAUCUAUCUAUCUAUCUAUCUAUCUAUCUAUCUAUCUAUCUAUCUAUGCAUGGAAGAGUGUCCGGAUAUCUGUAG